AUGAUUACUUAUAUACUGAAUCAUGUCUUUGAUAUUCUUAACACUCCAACUAAUGUUAUUUUACUGUUGUUGGUGUUUAUCAUAACAUAUGGAUUGUUCAGUUUACGUAAACCAUCUGGGUUUCCACCUGGACCAAUGGGAUAUCUAUUUAUUGACACAAUGAUGGAGUUGAUGAAGGAACCCCACCUAACGCUGACGAAAUAUGGUAAGAAAUAUGGAGAUGUAUUUGCCAUUAGAAUUGGCAGUCAGCCUGUGAUUGUACUCAACUCCAUAGAUGUUAUUAAAGAAGCAUUGGUGAAGAAACAGAAUGAUUUUGCUGGGAGACCAUAUUUUUAUUCAUUUGUCCCAGCUGGUGUCAUAUGCUGUGCAAUGGCGGAUAGAGAUGAACUCAUUACAUUUUACUUCCGCCUUGGUCUCAACUACAACGAAAUAUUGGUCAACCUAGCUCACAGAUAUAAAUAUGAUGACCCUGAACUUCUGAAGAUCAUGAGAGUCCUGAAAGAUGUAAAUAAAUCGUUUGGGAAUGGACUAGUAGCUGACUUUGUCCCAUUAUUCCGUUAUAUACCUACCCCAGAUCACCCACAACUUGAGGAAAUAUCUGACGGAAUGGCUAAACAUAAUUCAACAUCAGAUUAA